GGAGAAAACAUCACCAUGUCUGCUGCAUUGUUGCCCAAGCCCCAGAUGAGAGGCCUCCUGGCCAGUCGUCUGAGAAAACACAUUGUAGUGGCUUUCCUUUUUUCGAUGGGAUGUGCAGCUGGAUACAAGUUUGGUGUGGCUGAACCAAGGAAAAGAGCAUAUGCUGAGUUCUAUAAAAAAAACUAUGAUGCCAUGAAGGAGUUUGAAGCCAUGAGAAAAGCUGGGGUGUUUGAAAGUGCACCACCCAAAUGAUCAUGAACCCUCCUCUCCGGAUACCUGACAACUGAACAUCACUGUUUCAGUUAACUAUUCCUUGUGAUCCACUUUGGUGUUGAUCAUGCUGUAAUGUUGAUCAUUAAAUUAAGU